CUGCUUAAAGCCGCUACCUUUUUUUAUACGCAUUUAGCCUAUUUUCGCUCACAUCUAUUUAGUUACCUUCUUUUUUUACUCUCCAUUCAUUCCACAAUUGGCAGGAUACGAAACAAAACCCUCGUUGUUAUUGGGAUUGGCGGUGUAGGAUCUGUAGCCUCGGAAAUGCUCGCGAGGUGUGGCGUCGGACGUCUCAUUCUUUUUGACUAUGACAAAGUGGAACUGGCUAAUAUGAAUCGUCUCUUCUAUCAGCCGCAUCAAUCUGGGUUGAGCAAAGUGGAUGCAGCAUCGGCCACCCUUCUUUCUAUCAACCCAGAUAUCCAGGUCGAAGCACACAAUUUGGACAUAACGCUGGUAGAGAAUUACGACAUUCUCAUUGAUCGCUUCACCUCUGGUGCUCGGACAGGUGGUGGCCCGGUUGAUUUGGUGUUAAGUUGUGUCGACAAUUUCGAGGCUCGGAUGACUAUCAACAAGAUCUGUAAUGAACUUGGGCAGGUCUGGUUCGAAUCCGGUGUUAGCGAGAAUGCAUUAAGUUGCCACAUUCAGCUCAUGUGGCCUGGUCGGACGCCUUGCUUUGAAUGUGCCCCUCCUUUCUUAAUCGCCAGCGGCAUCGAUGAACGCAGUUUGAAGCGCGAAGGUGUCUGUGCCGCCUCCUUGCCUACGACGAUGGCGAUUGUUGCUGGUUUGCUCGUGCAGAAUGCGCUAAAAUGGUUA